AUGGCAACAAAUUUAAUUGCAGCUAAUCAUCAUGUAACAGUUUUUGACACUAACCCACAAGCAUUUGAUCAUUUUAAAGAGCAAAAACAAGCUAUAGUAGCCUUUGUACCACAAAAAGCAGCAGCGAAUUCAGAAUUUGUUAUUUUAAUGUUACCUAAUGGUAAAAUUGUACGUGAUGUGUGUCAAUCAAGUAUUUUUCCUUUAGCUAAAAAAGGUACAUUUAUUAUUGAUUGUAGCACAAUUGAUGUACAAACAUCUAAGGAAAUGGCAAAACUGGCUCGAAGUAAACAAUUAGAUUUUGUCGAUGCUCCUGUAUCAGGCGGUACUAUUGGUGCUCAAAAAGGUACAUUAACAUUUAUGGUUGGUAGUCAACCAAAUGAUUUUAAAGCUGUGGAACCUAUUCUUGUUAAAAUGGGCAAAAAUAUUGUCCAUGUUGGUGCAAAUGGUAGUGGUUUAGCGGCUAAAAUUUGCAACAAUCUUCUCGCAGCUAUUAGACUCGGUCUCAAUAAAGAUAUAUUAGCCAAACUGAUCAAUUCUUCAAGUGGUCAAUGCUGGUCAAGCCAAAUAUAUAAUCCGUGUCCUGGCGUUGUUGCUAACGUACCAUCUAGUAACGACUACAAUGAUGGUUUUGCUAGUGAACUGAUGACUAAAGAUUUGUUACUUGCUCUUGAUGCUGUAAAACAAGCUAAAGCUUCAACUCCAUUAACGGAAAAAGCUACUGAAAUCUAUAAUCAGCUUUGUUCAAAUGAACUGCAUAAAAAAGAUGGGUAUCGACCGCUUUACGUUCCUCUCAAGAAAGUGCAUGUCGAUGCAACGAUUCGCUCAUUUGCUGCUGACGUUACUAUCACACAGGUGUUUCGCAAUGAUGAAAAUGUACCGAUUGAAGCCGUCUACUUCUUUCCCAUCGAAGAACAAGCAGCUGUAUAUGAGUUUGUAGCUCAUAUUAAAAGUCGAGAGAUUGUUGCUCAACUCAAAGAAAAAAAAGAGGCACAGAAUGAAUACAACGCAGCAUUACAACAAGGUCAUGGUGCUUAUCUGUUGAAUCAAGAUGAAAAGUCACAAGAUGUUUUCAUCAUCAAUGUUGGUGCAUUACCUCCUGCAACAGAAUGUACUAUUACUAUCGCCUAUGUCACAGAAUUGGAUCUUUUUCAGGGAUCGAUUAUUCGAUUCGUUAUCCCGACAACAAUAGCACCUCGCUAUGAUUCCCAUCAAGGUGAUCUGAAGUCACCAGCGAGCACCAAUUCCCAAUAUAUCCAAAGGAGUCCAUAUACAAUAGAACUUCACUGUUAUAUCGAGAAAAUAUCUGGAAUGAAUGGACAGUUCAUUAGUGAUGUGAGUUCCUCAUCUCAUACAAUCGCGGUAGAUUUCACCCGACAGGAUGCUUAUAUGGUCAAAUUCAGUCAAGAAAACAUCCAUUUAGAUCGAGACAUUCUAAUCGACAUUCAACUAGCUAAGAAGCAUGACAACACUAUUCUAGUCAGUGAACCAGGUGCUGUCAUGGUAACAUUCACUCCUACUGAAGAAGUUUUUCAGCAAGUACGAGAAAAUGAUCAAGCAAACGAGUUUAUCUUUGUAGUCGACUGCAGUGGAUCGAUGGAAUCAGACAACAAGAUCGGUCUUACUCGAAAGGCUGUAUUGCUUUUUCUCAAGAGUCUUCCAGUUAAUUCUUAUUUUAAUAUUAUUCGUUUUGGUUCAACUUUUGAGGCUAUCUUUCCUGAAAUCACUAGGAUCAAUAAUAAAGCAAAUGUUCAACGAGCUGAAAAUGUUAUUAGUUAUAUGCAGGCUGAUUUGGGUGGUACUGAACUGGUAAGUAUUGUUCUUCUAUCUCUCCAAGUCUUAUUAGUGAGGCUUUUAGUUAACAGCGCUACAAUGGCUGAAGAACCAUCCACCUAG